GNUGCCUCAAUUGAUCGAGAACUAUCGUCAAUCCUCUGCAGACGGCAUCUCGGUCAUCUUCCUGCUGGUAUGGAUGGCCGGCGACAUCACCAACCUUGCCGGCGCUCUUUGGGCUGAUCUCGUGCCCACCGUCAUCGCUCUCGCCAUCUAUUUCUGUUUCGCAGACGCCGUCCUGCUGUCGCAAUGCUUCUACUACAACACUCUGAACGCCCGUCGCGAACGCAAACGCUCUAUUGUCACCGCCGAGAAUGAUGCCAUUGACGAGAAUGCCCCUCUGCUCGCCGAGCAACAAGACAACCUGGGCCUGCCCGGUAGUAGAAGACGCAGCAGUGCUGCCAGUCGCAGACGUACUAGAAGCAGUGCAGAGCGAAGCAAUAGCCUUGCCAACAUUCUCGAGGAGGGACAAGGAUCCACUGCCUGGCUGAAGAACACUCUUAGUGUCGCAAUAAUUCUCAUUGCUGGAGCCGCAGGUUGGGCCAUUGCUUGGAGAGCUGGUGCUUGGAAGCCAACUCCUGAGAAUGUUUCUGAUGGCGCCAGACACAUGCCCGUCGGUGCUGAGAACCAUCGCGAGAAAUCUUGUGAAGGCCUGUCAUUGCUGUUCUUUNUGCUCUCGCUUAUGGGAAACCUUACUUACGGCGCAGGGGUUAGUACUCAGACAAUUCUCUUCUGCUUCACCAUUACUGACACUUUCAGANUUCUGCUGCAUUCUGUUGAGAAACAGUACUUCCUCAAGAACUUGCCUUGGCUCAUUGGAUCUCUCGGAACCAUUUUCGAAGAUGCCGUCAUCUUCAUGCAAUUCCACAUGUACGGCGAGAAAACAUCGGCUGUUGAA